CUCGAGGAUGAUCGUUUCAAAAAAUUGUUCAGCGACGAAGAUUUUGAGGUAAACGAGGAAAAUGAGCAGUUCAAGCGUAAUGCCGCCUUUGCCCACCACAAGGAAAAAUCCACGAGAGUGGUAGAGGAGGAGGAGGAGGAUGAAGAACACAAUGAAAGUGAAGAGGAAGAGGAAGUAGCUCAGUCUGAGUUGCCAGACUUGAAUGAAGCCGAGGGCAGUCAUAUUGGAGCGGAAGCGUCUAGUAGCGAUAGUGGCAGCGAGGAGGACGAGGAGUCUCUUUCAACUAAGAAAAAGCUAGCGAAAGAGAAAGAACGUCAAAAGCAAGAAAAGCGGGAGCGUCAUCGUAAACAAUAUGAGGAAUUAUUACAACAGAGAGAAGCAGAACGAACUGCUCGUCUCGUAAACAAGCCGAAGAAGUUUGUGUUUUAUGAGCUGGAUUCCACGGAGAACACUAGGAAAUUCCUUGACGAACAUGUAAAGGAAGACAACGACUCCGAGGAGUUCUCCAGCUUAGCGGCUAAGAAGUCUUCUUUACAAGAAAAGGGAGAGUUCGAAAAGCAUGAGGAUGUCUUUGGUGGUCGAUCCAUGACAUUCACUUUGGCUAAAAAAGGAGCCUCUGGCAGAGAAGCAAAGGCUGCAGAGGAGAGGAAAAAGCACGCUAAAGAACGUAAAGCGACUGUACGCAAACCUACUCUGAAUAUAAAGAGGUCGUUGAAGAAAUUGCCUGGAAAUUUGUCUAAGCCAUGA